AUGUCAGGGGUUGUUGAGACGCUGGGCAUUGCUGCCAAUCUCUACGGUUACCCUGAGGUUUGGAGUUGGGGUGAAGAGAGCCAGUUCUGCGAGAAAACAGUAGAUGCAUACUACAGAAUGCCCAUGAGGUUUGAGUACCCGGGCGGGUCGCGCCUCCUUGAGCCCCCAUACUCGGGAGAAAAAGAAGGCGGCAUCGAUUUGGUUUAUUCCCCGUCGCUAAGCAGCAUGUCCUCUGCGCGCCCGCACGGGAAUGGGCUUGAUGGUUCAUCGGCUGACCGGGAUUCAGGCGAGGCACCGUGUCACAUCUCUGCUCCCGGGCACCGGGGCCCUUCUCCCGCGGGCAGGGCCGGCGGGUGCAGCGCCCGCAGGUGCGGCGCCGGGGCGCGCGCCUCCACCGGCCGCGCACUGAGCAUGCUCAGUCCCUGCGCGCCGCCCCCGCCCCUCGCGUCUCCCUCACGCGUCUCCCCCUCCUCCGGGGCUGAGCGGCCGGCAGCCUGA